AUGGCCACCCGCUCAAGGACACUGCUCUUCCUGCAGUUCCGCAACUCUUACUCUGGCUCCCAUGCAGCCGCCAUCCGCCAACAAUACAACCAGCAACAGCAACAACACCAGCAGUCAUCCCUCCUUGCCACGUCUGAUGGAUACGGCGACACUGAGCGUGUAGGGCUUAUGGACAGUGCAGAGACCACCAUCGAACUCAUGAUGCUCCCUCCCAAGUGGGUGGAUAUUGUUGACGAGGUGGACGACGAACUGGAAAAGAUCAAAGCCAAUGUUCAGAAGCUGGAUGCUAUGCACAAGAAGCAUCUCUUGCCAGGAUUUGACGAUCGCAUUCAGGAAGAGCGGGAUAUUGAGCGACUCACGGACGAGAUCACUCAGCAAUUCCAUGCGAGUCAAAGGAGGAUAAAACGGAUCAAUGCAGAGAGCAGACAUUCGAGUUCGAAUCAGGAACAGAUCAUGUCCAGGAAUGUACAAAUGAGUCUUGCGCAAAAGGUCCAGGACGCCUCGACACUGUUUCGCCAAAAACAAAAUGCCUACAUGCAACGAAUGCGUGGAGUUGAGCUCAGGAAUAAGGACAUUUUCUCAGCGGUGCAACCUAUCAACUCUUCCAUAUCGGAUGAUCCAGAAGAAGGCGGCUUUACAGGAGCUCAGCAGGCGUUUGCGGAACAGUCAAAUGCGACGAUUACACAGCGGGAACAGGAAAUCAAUCACAUCUCUAAAUCAAUAUUUCAGCUGGCGGAUAUCUUCAAGGACCUGCAGACGAUGGUCAUUGAUCAAGGAACAUUACUCGAUCGUAUCGACUUUAACGUUGAACAAGCCUCAGUUCACCUUCAGGAUGCCGUCUACGAACUCGACGAGGGUGAGAAAUACCAGAAGAAGGCCAGGAACCGCAAGAUCAUUCUGCUUCUUAUUCUGUUGAUUGCGGGACUCUUUAUUGUUCUCAUUUUCAAGCCACGACACCGUAGUGUCCCAGCACCAGAGCCAGAGCCAGAAUCUCCUCAUGAUCUCCCACCAGAUCAACCGCCCGUCGUACCCCCUCAAUAA